CCACAUCCAACUGGAACCAUGCAGUCUGCCGAAGCCAAAUUCAACAAAAACAGCCUGCUCUUGGCUCUGAGGCGAUACAGCUCAGCUGUUAGCGACAUGGAGCAGACCAUUCUCCUGCCGAGCCUGCUGCGAGAUGUACCCUCUGAUGAGGCGUGGGACUGUGAAGCAGCAGAGGAGUCCUGCAGAGACCUGUAUGGCACCUAUCAGCUGCUCAAAGCCAUAAGAAACACUGUGGAGAGCAACCUGGGUCUCCUGGAUGACCACAAGUCCAAGAACACAGCGCUCAACAAGACCCUGGAGCCUCUCUUGGACACAGAUCCUGAAGGUCUCUUCCGCUUCCACCUCACAGGACUGUUUUCUGUGAUGAUUGACCUCACCAAGAAGACUCAGAGCCUCACAGAGAAAUAUAUGGACAUCAUUGGAGUGGCAAAUUAGAAACCUGUAAGAUAUAUAUGGACAUAAAGCAAAAUACCUGGUGUUUGUAAAAGUGCUGUGGCAAAGUCAUCUGAACAUCCCAAAUGUCCAUACUGUUUACACUCAGUGACUUCUAACUUAAUGAAAAUGGAAUAAACGUGCGUUGUCAAUACUGAUCAAUUUGAUCUCUUCAUUUGCUGACUGUUAUAGUCUCUUGGAAACUGUGGUUUAAGAGUAUGGCAAAUGUUGACUGAUUAAAUGAUCAUGAAAAAACAGA